AGCCCAAGAGACCCUUGCCUAGAUUCAUAGUGCGGAAAAAGUAGCUGUCAUAAUGCGAGAAGUACUUAAGAGGAGGAGUGUAGUAAUGGGGAAGCUGGACGACACUAGUCACCAAGGAAACCAAGAAAGACGCCUGGAAGCCGUGAAUGAAGCCCUCCAUGGUGUCAACUAAGCGUGGAGCAUAGAGGAAAUGAGAAGAGAUUCUCUGACUUUCGCUCCAUUGUGAAGAAAAUACAAGAUGCAAGAAAGGAAAUGGGCAGAACAGUACGCAACUCUAAAGUUGAAUGAAAGUGAAGAAGUAAUGGCCACUUUAAUCUAGGACUCUGCCUUUGGUGAGCAGAUGCCAGAGUGCCAGACUGAUGACCCAUUGCUGAGAGAUCUUUUAUCUGAGAUGAGAAAUCUGAACAUGGGAGGUAAUGCUGGUGGUGACUUAAAGCAUGAUCAUGAAGCAGCUGGUGGUAACUUCAAGGAUGAUCAUGAGUCAGUUGGAGGCCAAGAUUUUCAGGAGCCUGAGUAUCCUUCCCCCACCUCCUCCUCCAUAAAGGUAGACGACCUCCUCAAACCGAAGACGCACACCAUGACAUUACUGAAGGGCGGCAGAGUGUUUGCCCUAGAGAAUGGUCGAUACGCACGGAUAAGCAUUAAGGACUUUCAACUGUUUGUCCAUUCGCUCAAGAGUGACCUGCAGAUUCUACUUCUACACUCCGUCAUUUUGCCGAUGAACGACAUUGUGCCACAGACGCCCCCCUGCCGGGUGUUCUUGGACCUGCAGUGGCCGAACAAUGGACAUCGGGGUCGGGUCAUCAUUCAUCUGUUCAGCAACUGCUCACUAAGCCAACAGUUUCUACUGCUGUGCACGGGACAGCGGGGCCUUUCCUAUGUUGACACCCCGCUACUCGGGGUGUGGAAGAAGGGAAAGGAGGGAGAAAGGGUGUUAGGAGGAAUUCAUAUCGGUAACGAGGAAAGAGAAAUCGCUCAGUUGCCUAAGCUCAAUGGAAAUAACACAAGCAAGCCAUACUGGAAAGGAGAUGUGUUAGCAAGGAAGACUAGUGGCUCCUUGAAUGCGCAGUUCGCUAUCUCCACAAGGGACCUUUCAAGCCCAGCGAAAAGUGGAAACGUCUUUGGAAAGGUGGAAUUUGGUCUCGAUAUUUUGCAAAACGCCGCCAAAUGCGACACCGUUACUCACAUAAGAAUCGUGGACUGUGGUGUAGUCAUUCCAAUAAGAACAUAAGUUCAUAAAUAAUUUUGUUUCGGUGUCCUCUCAUUUUCCACCAGGGACCAUUAACAGUUUAUCACGUUAAUUAGUAGCAUUUGAAUUCCACCAGUAAUGAGAAAGCACAAAUCUUAUGACGACAGAAACCAAACGGGAGGACAUCAUGUUGAUUUGGCUCAGUAGUAAUGUCCCAGCCAGUAACAUCUCAGUUAUUCCUCGCCUUAAAAAACUGCCUCCCUCGAGAGGUCUUGCUGCGUUGGACUCUACUUCCGGGUUCCUGCGAGGCUUUUCAUCACCUCGGAUCCUCCUCCUGAUAGGUCACCGCAUUUUGCAGGCACACCACUCAAUCAGUGCCGUCUAUACUGAAAGCCAUCUGAGCUCCAGCCGACACUACCCUCACAAAGCUAAUGUUACCGCCCCCUCCCUCCCCCUGACAAUAUUUCUCAACAUUCAAGUUAGCACUGCCCCUUGCCUGCCGCUGUAACAUUAUUAUUAUUAUUAUUAUUAUUAUUAUUAUUAUUAUUAUUAUUAUUAUUGUUUUCAUCAUUAUUAUUAUUAUUAUUAUUAUUAUUAUUGUUAUUAUCAUUUUCAUUAUUAUUAUUAUUUAUUAUUAUUAUUAUUAUUAUAAAUAUUAUUAAUAUUAUUAUUAUUAUUUAUUUAUUUCUAUUCUAUUUAUCGUUCCUCGAAUAGAUUGAAUAUUUAUUUAAUGAAUUUAACAGCAUUAUUCAUCAAUCAUCAAUGCAAUAUGGAAAAAGGAAGAUGAAAAACAUAUUCAAAGUUAUAUAUGGAUGUAAUAUAAAUGUUAAAAGUCUUUAUUAUCAAUUUAGAGGAGAUUAUUUAAAAUGGUUAAGUGUUAGAAAGUCAAGAGAUUCUAUUGAAUUUAUCAAUAUGACUACAAGCAGGAAAACAUUUAAAGAUGCUCUUUCUUUGUUUAGAAAAAAAAAAAUGAGGCUCAAGAAAGGUCAAUAUCCAUCCAAGAAAAAUAUGAGGCUAAGGACAUGAAAACAUUCAGGAAAGAGGUUAAACAACAAAAUAACAAAUUAAGGCAUUUUGAUGUAAUUGAUGUAAUUGAUGUAAUUGGAGAAUAAUGAUACUGAGAUUA